AUGCGGUGCGGGCCCGUGAGCUUGGGACUCUUUGAUGCAUUCAAGAAGGCGUUCGACAACAAGGAUUACACCAACUCGCCGGCGACGUACGAGCAAACAAACGCUCGCGCGAGCCACAUCCUCGUGCCGACAGAGGCUCAGGCGCUUGAGAUCAAGUCCGCGCUUGAAAGCGGCAGCACCGACUUUAGCGAGGCCGCAAUGAAGCACAGCACUUGCAACUCGGCGGCGCGGGGCGGUAAGCUUGGGAAGUUCACGCCCGGGCAAAUGGUGAAGGAGUUUGACGACGUUGUCUUUGGGCUAUACGAUACCGGCUUGAUCAACCCCAAAAACGAGGCGGACAUCUACGAGCCCAAGUACGCUCUCGAUGAAGUCCACGGCCCGGUGGCUACCCAGUUCGGCUUUCACCUCAUCAAAAUUGAGACACGCUACAUCUCUGAGAGCGACUUCCGGCUGAAGCAGAGCGCCGGCCUGUGA